UGAUAACAAAACUCGUUACUAAAAUCUGACCGCCACCGACUACCGGCUCGCUGUCGUUGUUCUCAGGCAAUGGAAAGCAAAGAGAUGUCGCGAGCUGCUGGUCAGCUGCUCAAGCGUGUUUUGAUGAUACCUCCACAACAUUUCACCGUUGAAUAUAACAUCAAUCCAUGGAUGGGAGGUGUUGUAGACAAGCAGAAGGCGAUGGAACAGUGGACUGCACUGAAGAAGACCAUAGAGAAAGAAGGUGUUCAGGUGCUGACGACGGACCAGGUGAAGGGGUUGCCUGAUCAGGUUUUCGUGUGCAAUUCUGGUCUCGUGCACAAUAACAGCGUCUACCUUAGCAAAUUUCGCCACAAGGAGAGAUCAGGAGAGCAAGAACAUUAUCUAAAAUGGUUCAAAUCACAAGGAUUCAAGAUCUACGGCGACGAUUAUCCGGUGCAUUUCGAAGGGGGAGGUGACGCAGUAUUUUCCGAUCCAAAAACCUUAUGGGCAGGCUUCGGACCAAGAUCUGAUAAAGGGGUCUAUGAAAAAAUCAAAGCAAUGGGUGAUUUUGAAAUUGUGAUCUGUGAGCUUGCUCUACCAAACUUCUAUCAUCUCGACACUUGCUUCGCUCCCGUUGAUGAAACCACGGCGCUGUGGUAUCCGCCGGCAUUCUCUGAGAAUACAAAGAAAGAGAUUCAGCGUCGCAUGCCAAAUGCAAUUGCGAUUUCGGAAGCAGAAGCGAAUGCUUUCGUGUGCAAUGCGAUAACGGUGCGAAAGACCGUUAUCGCCCCUAUUGGAGUUUCUGCAGCCACGAAAGAAGCACUUAGCAAACGAGGAAUGUCGGUCGUCGAGUUGGACAUGAGCGAAUUUAUGAAGAGCGGCGGUGCCUGCCAAUGUCUAGUGCUACGAUUAGAUUAACGAGAUUCAGAUUCAAA